UAGGAGCGGGCUGAUUGUAGCCAGGUGUAGCCAGGUGCCAAUCAGCCGCAGCUGAGGGAAAAACAGCACACAGGGAGACAAACAGGAAGCUGGACCAAAAUAAGAGUGCUGACAGGAACUAAGGACAGGAUAUUCUAAACACAUAGAGGAGAAACUAAAACACAAACCGUCAGUGGCAAGUGUGACAUUUCCCAAGACAUGCACCUGGGGAUAGGCUCCUCCCACCUCCAAAGACAUACACCUGGGGAUAGGCUCCUCCCACCUCCAAAGACAUACACCUGGGGAUAGGCUCCUCCCACCUCCAAAGACAUGCACCUGGGGAUAGGCCCCUCCCACCUCCAAAGACAUGCACCUGGGGAUAGGCCCCUCCCACCUCCAAAGACAUACACCUGGGGAUAGGCUCCUCCCACCUCCAAAGACAUGCACCUGGGGAUAGGCCCCUCCCACCUCCAAAGACAUGCACCUGGGGAUAGGCUCCUCCCACCUCCAAAGACAUGCACCUGGGGAUAGGCUCCUCCCACCUCCAAAGACAUGCACCUGGGGAUAGGCCCCUCCCACCUCCAAAGACAUGCACCUGGGGAUAGGCCCCUCCCACCUCCAAAGACAUACACCUGGGGAUAGGCCCCUCCCACCUCCAAAGACAUGCACCUGGGGAUAGGCUCCUCCCACCUCCAAAGACAUGCACCUGGGGAUAGGCCCCUCCCACCUCCAAAGACAUGCACCUGGGGAUAGGCCCCUCCCACCUCCAAAGACAUGCACCUGGGGAUAGGCUCCUCCCACCUCCAAAGACAUGCACCUGGGGAUAGGCCCCUCCCACCUCCAAAGACAUGCACCUGGGGAUAGGCCCCUCCCACCUCCAAAGACAUGCACCUGGGGAUAGGCCCCUCCCACCUCCAAAGACAUACACCUGGGGAUAGGCCCCUCCCACCUCCAAAGACAUGCACCUGGGGAUAGGCUCCUCCCACCUCCAAAGACAUGCACCUGGGGAUAGGCCCCUCCCACCUCCAAAGACAUGCACCUGGGGAUAGGCCCCUCCCACCUCCAAAGACAUGCACCUGGGGAUAGGCUCCUCCCACCUCCAAAGACAUGCACCUGGGGAUAGGCCCCUCCCACCUCCAAAGACAUGCACCUGGGGAUAGGCCCCUCCCACCUCCAAAGACAUGCACCUGGGGAUAGGCCCCUCCCACCUCCAAAGACAUACACCUGGGGAUAGGCCCCUCCCACCUCCAAAGACAUACACCUGGGGAUAGGUUGAUUGGCAACACUAAAUGGUCCCUAGUGUGUGAAUGUUGUCUGUCUAUCUGUGUUGGCCCCGUGAUGAGGUGGCAACUUGUCCAGGGUGUACACUGCCUUCUGCCCGAUUGUAGCUGAGAUAGGCGCCAGCUCCCCCCGCGACCCCAAAGGGGGAUAAGCGGUAGGAAAUGGAUGGAUGGAUGGAUUGUCUUCUAAGUAGCAGUGUAAGAAACACAAGUGUGCUGGUGAGAACAGCAGCAGCAAAUGAAACUGCAGGAUUUGAAAUAAACUGUCCAGACUUUGACUUUCUAACAAAAUCAGCACAUAGAUCCUAACAUUUAUAAAUUAGAUAUUUUGCAUUUUUAAGUCAAGUACAUGUUUUAAUAUACAACAUUGUGUACUUUAUUCAAAAAUAAACAACACUUUGACUGUAAAGGUGAGAAUAAACAGGACAAAAUACUUUUAUAUGUGUAUAGAGAUAUUCAGAAAUCAUUUUUAAUUAUUAUUGAUGUUAUAGAUUAACAUUAUAUGGUGUAUAUAUUUGUUUUACAUUUGUUAAUACAUUUGCUUUUGAGUACUCAUAAAUCCCUCUUAGUUCAUAUUUACUGCUUCACAUCUGAAACAUCUUCUGGACCACUUCUGGAAGCAUAUUAUUAUUUACUUUAUACAUCAUUUCAGCAGUUGUCUUAAUCCUUGUGUGGUGUUCGGCUCUGUGGGACCCGUUUUUAAUGUUUAUUAAAAGAAAAAUAAUACAAUUAAUGAAUUUUCCAAACUGAGACUCACUGGCUUUGGCUCAUUUUCUGUGAAGAACAUAUAUCAGAAUACAUAUUUAAUGAACACACACCAUACACCCCCCUACACAUUUCUGUUACAUAUAGGAUGUUCGGGGUCCCCUGGCCCCGGGGCUAAUAGAAGUGUGGAAAUUGAUGUUCUGUUCACACACACACACACACACACACACACACACACACACACACACACACACACACACACACACACACAGCAGGCCUAGACAGGAGGAGGACAGAGUGUAUGUACACAGAACAUCAGAGGGUCAAACGCAAGGUUGCAACACUACCUGCAAACGCCGUUCGCUCUCCCCUUGCUGCACAACCCUGGUCCAAAUAUCUCCAUUGACGAACAGCUGAUGCCUUUAAGGGGCCGCUGCUCCUUUCGGCAGUAAAUACCAUCCAAACCUGCCAAGUAUGGUACAAAGAUCUGGGCUGCCUGUGAUGUCACUUCCUCAUAUGCUUGGAACUUGAGGGAGGAGCCCCCAAGAAAAAACAAGGAAUGAGAGUAGUCCUCGACAUGUCUCAGUGACUCCGUGGACACAACAACACAUGCAACUAUUUUUUUUACUUUGCACAAACUGGGACAGGAGCUCCUGAAGAGGAAGCUGACCAUGGUGGGAACAAUAAGGAAAAACAGGUCAGAGCUCCCACCUCAACUGCUGACUUCAAAGAACAGGCGUGUCAAGUCUUCCAAGUUUGUAUACACGGCUGACACAUCCCGGGUAUCCUUUGUGUCGAAGAAAGGCAAGAAUGUGGUGCUCAUGUGUACACUGCACGGGGAAGGAAGAAUCUGUGACCAGGAACAUCACAAACCAGAGAUCAUCAUGGAUUAUAACGCCACAAAAGGAGGGGUAGACAACAUGGACAAGCUGGUGACGGCCUACAGCUGCAAACGGAGGACUUUACGCUGGCCACUGGUGAUAUUCUUUGACAUGUUGGACAUAUCAGCGUACAACUCCUUUGUCAUUUGGAUGGCACUGAACCCAGAGUGGAAACGAGUGAAGCUCCAGAAAAGACGGCCCUUUCUUGAGGAUCUGGGAAUGGCAUUGGUGAGACCACAAAUGGAGAGAAGAAAUCCUAUCCCCAGAACCCCAGCCUCUGCAGCCAUGGUGAGGAGGAUUCAGGAGGAGAAUGCUGGUGGCCUGUCUGCAGAGCCUGAACAACAAGAAGAAGUGUGCGGACCCAAGAUGGAGAGGAAAACAACACGUAUAUCUGCAACACACACACACACAGUAAAGCUCUGCCCCUCAAGUGUUGUAUAGGCUAGUGGCUACAGGCCAUGUGUUCAAUGUGUUGUCUUCACUGCUAUGUUUACUCUGUGUUCAUGUUGUUCAGCUUGUGUUGUGCACCUGA